CAUCACUAUACCACCCUCUACCAAAUCCGGAUUUCUAAUAUCCGAUAAAAUUAACUUUGAGGGCAUCCGAUUCAAUAACCAAAUGAUUCCACUCUUUCAACCAACUACGAGCUUCCUUAAUCCCAUACACUUCACCUCUCUGACUGAAAACGAACCCGGGAUGUUUGCUUGCCAAGCUUGGACUACCUCCCCGUUCUCAUUUCGGACAACACAGCCCAAAGCCACCCUACCUGCAUCCUCAAACUUUGCUGUAUCUACAUUAACCUUGAACCAGCCAGCUUUCGGACAACACCAAACUGCUGCCCCGUCCUCCUUGUUCAGCUGGAGAGAAGAAACACCAUGCAACAGACCUCUUGCAUUCUUCCAUGGCAACAAUUUCUGGCUUGCCGAGUUAACCAUAUCAGAAGCCGAACUUGAUUCGUUCUGCCAAAUCUUGCAAUUCCUGUUUGACCACAACCUCCAGCACACCAUGGCAAUCAGCUCACAGACCUCCUGCUCUCUUUCAGCAAUGAAGGAAUCAUGGGUAUACAUUAUUUCCACUUCACUUGCUAUUCUUUACCUUUUAAAGCUCACUUUGUCCAAAAGAACAGCAUGCAAAAAUCUCCCUCCAGGCCCGCCUAAACUUCCUAUAAUUGGCCAUAUCCAUCUCAUGAAAAAACCUAUCCACCGAUCUUUACAACAUUUAUCAAAUAAGUAUGGUCCAAUCCUCUUCCUUUCAUUUGGCUCCCAGCCUGUAAUAGUCAUAUCAUCUCCUUCUCUUCUUGAAGAAUGUUUCACCCAACAUGAUAUUAUUUUUGCAAAUAGGCCUCGUCGUGUAGACGGUAAGUAUCUCCAUUAUGACUUUACCACAAUUGGAGCUGCCGAUUAUGGUGACCACUGGCGCAAUCUACGGCGCCUUGCUACAGUUGAAAUCUUUUCAACUGCUCGCCUCCACUUGUUUCAUGGAAUUAGACAAGAAGAAGCAAGGUUGUUGGUUAAAAAUCUUUUUCGCAAUUCUGGUCAGGUUUCUACAAAAGUGGAGAUGAGAUCAAGGUUAACUGAUCUGUCUUUUAACAUUAUCAUGAGAAUGGUGGCAGGAAAGCGAUAUUUUGGUUUACUAGUGGAAAAUACUGAGGAAGCUAAGAUAUUUUACGAUGUUGUGAAGGAGAUUUCCGAGCUGAGUGGUGCAGCAAACCUAGGGGAUAUAUUUCCAAUUCUAAGAUGGUUUGAUUACCAGACUGAAAAGAGGCUGGUGGCAACUCGGAAAAAUAUGGAUUUAUUAUUUGACUGUUUGAUUGAUGAGCAUCGACCUAACAAGGAUUCUUGUCAAGAGAAAAAAAGCAAUAUGACAAUGAUAGAUGUUAUAUUGUCCUUACAGGAGUCUAAACCUGAACAUUACUCUGAUGAAAUAAUCAAAGGACUUAUAAUGAUAAUGCUAGCUGCGGGGACGGAUACUGUUGCAGUGACAAUUGAGUGGGCUCUGUCAUUGUUGCUUAAUCAUCCUGAAGCUCUAAACAAGGCUAGAGCCGAGUUGGACAUCCAUGUUGGUCGCGAUCGAUUAGUAGAUGAGUCGGAUCUUUCAAAGCUGCAGUACCUCCAGGGCAUAAUUAAUGAAACACUUCGUUUAUAUCCACCUGCACCGCUCCUAGUACCGCAUAAGUCAUCCGGUGACUGCAAAAUUGGAGGGUAUGAUGUACAACAAGGCACAGUCUUAUUUGUGAAUGUUUGGGCUUUGCAUAGAGAUCCUAAGGUGUGGGAGGAUCCUAAUAGCUUCAAACCGGAGAGAUUCAAGGGCUUAAAGGAUACAUCAUAUCGGUUGGUUCCAUUCGGGUUAGGGAGAAGGAGUUGCCCUGGAUAUGUGCUAGCUAAUAAAGUGGUGGGAUUAGCAUUAGCUGCAUUGAUUCAAUGCUUCGAUUGGGAGAGGAUUACUGAAGAGGAAUUAAACAUGUUAGAAGGUACAGGACUCACUAUGCCUAAGGUUCAACCUUUAGAAGCAAUCUGCAAAACACGGGAGGCGAUGAUGAAUAUCCUGUUACAGCUUUAAUAAGGGGAUGAUGAAAUGCUCUGAUCUAAUUGCUUUAAUAUUUUAA